GAAGGUUCCCUCCGUGGCGCAAGGAUCUUCAGCCGCCCCAGCUCUGGGAUGGGGCUUUGGUUGGGUCGCCCUUCGCCCCGGGGCUCUGAAGGCAGGAGGGCAUCCUGCCCGCAAGGAACAGGCCCAAACAUCCCCAGCCUCCUAAGUGGCAGCCACAGAGCCGGGAAGAUUGCUGCUAACAGCUGCCACCGCUGAAAGCAAAAGCUUCUUUCCCUCCUAUUUCAGUUUGUCCCCUUUCCAUAUCUAAGACUUACGUGUCUUUUCCGGCUCUCACUAUACGGUCUGUGAAACCAGACCUUAGUAAGCAGCAACAGGUGAGAGAAGUCCUUAUAAAACACCUCUUCAUGCAUUUAAUCCCUCUCUCACCCCACUCCAGCCCCAGCUCUCCCAGUGUAUGCAGCAGUGGGAGCUUCUGUAGAAGGACGCACUUCCAGAAGCAGGAUUGCUUUGAGAUGGGUCCAUUAAAAAUGAUGAAACUGGGAAUGGCUUUUAAGGACUGGCUUUGGGCUGCACAGCCAAAGCUCACACGUGCCCUUGGUGCCUUUCCUCCAGCAGGAAUCAUUACAAGCAACAAGCCUGUAAGGGUUCGGCACGUGGGUGUCUGCGUGUGUCCUCUCCCCUCUCUUGCCUUCCGUAGCUCGGGUUUUGGCCUUGUUGCAUGGCUUCUUGUGAACAUAACAAAGGAAACUCCUCCUGAAGGUGGGAUGGAUUACAGAGUCCCUGGCACCGUCAGCAAUGGCGAAACGGUGCCCGCACAGCCUGAUGUGGAAAAGGAGAAGGAAGAGGAGGCGAACCAGACCCUGGAGCGAGGGCAGUGGAACAACAAGCUGGAGUACGUCCUGUCGGUGGCUGGGGAGAUCAUCGGCCUGGGAAACGUCUGGCGCUUCCCCUACCUCUGCUACAAGAACGGCGGAGGUGCCUUCUUCAUCCCCUACCUCAUCUUCCUCUUCACCUGCGGGAUCCCUGUCUUCUUCCUGGAGACGGCGCUGGGGCAGUACACCAGCCAGGGAGGGGUGACAGCUUGGCGCAGGAUUUGUCCCCUCUUUGAAGGAAUUGGCUACGCCUCGCAGGUCAUCGUUGUGCUUCUGAACUUCUACUACAUCGUUGUGCUGGCCUGGGCCCUGUUCUAUCUCUUCAGCUCGUUCACCAUCGACCUCCCCUGGGGCAGCUGCAACCACGAGUGGAACACAGGGAACUGCAUGGAGCUCCAGAGGGCGAACUCGACCCUCAACGUGACCAGCGAAAACGCCACCUCGCCGGUCAUCGAGUUCUGGGAGAGGAGAGUGCUGAAGAUUUCUGAUGGCAUCCAGCACCUGGGCAGCCUGCGCUGGGAGCUGGCUCUGUGUCUGCUGCUGGCGUGGAUCAUCUGCUACUUCUGCAUCUGGAAAGGGGUCAAGUCCACAGGCAAGGUGGUGUAUUUCACGGCCACGUUCCCGUACCUCAUGUUGGUGGUUCUGCUGAUCCGGGGAGUCACCCUGCCUGGGGCAUCCCAGGGAAUCCUCUUUUACCUUUACCCAGACCUCAGUCGCCUUGGGGACCCCCAGGUCUGGAUGGAUGCAGGCACUCAGAUCUUCUUUUCGUAUGCAAUUUGUCUGGGAUGCCUGACAGCUCUGGGCAGCUAUAACAAAUACCAUAACAACUGCUACAGGGACUGCGUGGCCCUCUGCUUCCUCAACAGCGGCACCAGCUUCGUGGCCGGCUUUGCCAUCUUCUCCAUCCUGGGCUUCAUGGCAGGGGAGCAGGGUGUGCCCAUCGCCGAGGUGGCCGAGUCGGGGCCUGGCCUGGCAUUCAUCGCCUACCCUCGUGCUGUGGUCAUGCUGCCCUUCUCCCCGCUCUGGGCCUGCUUCUUCUUCCUGAUGGUGGUUUUGCUGGGACUGGACAGCCAGUUCGUCUGUGUGGAGAGCCUCGUCACAGCUCUUGUGGACAUGUACCCCACCAUCUUCCGCAAGAAGAACCGCCGGGAGACCCUCAUCCUGCUGGUCUCCAUCCUCUCCUACCUGGUCGGGCUGGUGAUGCUCACUGAGGGUGGGAUGUAUGUCUUCCAGCUCUUUGAUUACUAUGCUGCCAGUGGCAUGUGCCUGCUCUUUGUGGCCAUCUUCGAGACUCUCUGCAUCGCCUGGGUCUAUGGUGCUGACCGUUUCUACGAUAACAUUGAGGACAUGAUUGGCUACCGGCCGUGGCCCAUCAUCAAAUACUGCUGGCUUUUCAUCACUCCAGCAGUUUGCAUGGCAACCUUCUUGUUUUCUCUGAUCAAAUACACCCCGCUGACCUACAACAAGAAGUAUGUGUACCCAUGGUGGGGGGACACCCUAGGCUGGCUGCUGGCCCUCUCCUCCAUGGUGUGCAUCCCUCUCUGGAUCGUCUACAAGCUUUCCACCAUCAAAGGCUCCCUCAGAGAGAGGCUCCGCCAGCUCACCUGCCCACUUGAGGACUUGCCUUCCAGGCUGAGCAUGGGACUGCCCCUUCCCUCCACCACAUCUGGCCUCCUAAUGCUGACAGAGCUGGAAUCUCACUGCUAGGACCUGUGCGGCUCUCCUGCCCUCCCCCCAGGACGGUUUCUAUGCAGCCUUUACUACCUGUUGGAAAACGCAAGGAUUCUUCACUCACCGAGGAGAGAGGGAUUUCUGGGUUGUGCUCCCUUCCCUGGAAGAUUUGAAGGGCUGAGGGAGAGGCUGCCAUGGAGAUGGUUUGUGUGGAGUUCGCAAUGCACCUUAAUCCUCUCUCUAGAGAGGGCUCUGAAGGGGCAGAUCAAGCACCAGUGUUCCUGAGCAUCCCCAGCCUUCUGGUGGGAAGAAAGGAAGGACUGAUCAUGGAGUGGAGAGUGCCAGAGAGUCUCAAAGCUGUGGCUCUGGUCUGGACUUUGGGAGCUUCUCCAUUCAUUCCAUUAAAUCCUUGUCUUUCCCCUCUAGAUACACUGUCUCAGUUUUGUCUGCUAGGGCACAUCUGGUGGGGUAUUAGUGCAGCUGUGCUGGCGUCCUGGUCUGCAUCUCUGUUGUACUGGCACGUUUGUACAGCAGCGUGGCCAGAGAAGAAGAAGCUUGGUUAGGGCAGGACAGAAGACAGGGAACAUUGAUUAGGAGUCCUCUGUAAGCAGUGUGCUUGGGGUUCUUAGGUGGAGAGUGUGAUGCCACCUUCUGCUGGAGCCACUGCCAGCUCCCAGCCAAAAGAGUCAUCUGGCUGGUGAGUCACUGGGCUAUUCCUGGGGUCUGAGAGGGGUGUGUGGGCUGGCAUUUCUUCAUGCAAGUGAGGGAUCACAGGAAACUGUCCCUUGUAUCUGCAGGUCUAAGCAAUUUCUGUGCUGACUGGCUUCGAGGUGCUCUACAGCCAGUUAUUUGUGCAUGGAAAAAGGGCUGCAUUGCUGAGACAGGAUCUGUAUGUUAUGUCAACACUGCCACUAACAGGGCCCCUCAUUUCCACA